AUGCGAUUCGAUUGUGUGGAACGACGAUUUGCACGAGCUUUUGGAGCCUAUAGGUGGGUUUUUUGCGCUGAAAAUGCUGAAAAUCGCUGAAAAUCAAUAAUUCCAUGAUUUUCAGCUCGAAAUUUGGGUCUAGAAAGGUUUUACUGAAAUUUGAGGGAUUUUUCAGUGAUCUAUGAAAUUUGGAACUUUUUUUUGGAUAAAAUUUUUCAGACCCAAAUUUUGCGCUGAAAAUCAUAGAUUCACUGAAAAUCGCUGAAAAUCAAGGAUUUCAUGAAUUUCAGCACACAAUUUCAGUCUAGAAAAAACUGAAAUAAAAACAUUUUCGAGAUUUUUGCCACGUGGUUCUGAGCUCGAGAAUCUCGAGCGGCUUUGCCGCGAGUGUAGACCGCAAGCUUCCGCGUAAGCGGCACUAUCUUCCGCGUUAGCGGUCACAUGGUUUACUAUGAUUCCUUGCCACGUCAUAGCAAUCCGCGUGGCCGCGUUCGCGGAAGACAGUGCCGCUUACGCGGAAGCUUGCGGUCUACACUCGCGCACAGCGCUCGGGUCGAGCGAAGCGAGUGUAGUCCGCAAGCUUCCGCGUGAGCGGCACUAUCUUCCGCUUUAGCGGCCACGCGGAUAGCGAUGACGUGGCAGGGGAUGAUAGAAAUCCACGUGGCCGCUGAAGCGGAAGCUUGCGGUCUACACUCGCGCACAGCGCUCGGGUCGAGCGAAGCGAGUGUAGACCGCAAGUUUCCGCGUCAGCGGCACUAUCUUCCGCUUCAGCGGCCACGCGGAUAGCAACAAUCCGCGCGAUCACCGCGAACGCGGAAGCUUCCGGAAGACAAAUCCAAUUUUUUGCAGUGGUCUCGUCGUUCGCCAUCCCCUCCCAUUUUUCAUCAUUCCAAUUUUAAUCACCGCAUUUUUGUCGACCGGAUUAUUGCGACACGAACAGGCUUUUAUGAAAGACGAGUUGGAAUUGUAUACGCCGACUGAUGCGAAAGCGAGAACCGAGUUAAGGCAACUCGAUCAUUUGUUUCAUAUUAAUGAUAGCGAUCCGUUUUAUGCCACUAGAAGGUGGGCUUUUUAGGCUUCUUAGGCUUAGGCUUGUUAGGCUUAGGCUUCUUAGGCUUCUUAGGCUUAGGCUUGUUAGGCUUAGGCUUCUUAGGCUUCUUAGGCUUAGGCUUCUUAGGCUUCGGCUUCUUAGGCUUAGGCUUCUUAGGCUUAGGCUUCUUAGGCUUAGGCUUCUUAGGCUCAGGCUUCUCAGGCUUAGGCUUCUUUGGCUUAGGCUUCUUAGGCUUAGGCUUAUUAGGCUUAGGCUUCUUAGGCUCGGGCUUUUUAGGCUUAGGCUUCUUAGGCUUAGGAUUCUUAGGCUUAGGAUUCUUAGGCUUAGGAUUCUUAGGCUUAGGAUUCUUAGGCUUAGGCUUCUUAGGCUUAGGCUUCUUAGGCUUAGGCUUCUUUGGCUUAGGCUUCUUAGGCUUAGGCUUCUUAGGCUGAGGCUUCUUAGGCUUAGGAUUCUUAGGCUUAGGAUUCUUAGGCUUAGGCUUCUUAGGCUUAGGAUUCUUAGGCUUAGGCUUCUUGGGCUUAGGCUUCUUGGGCUCAGACUUCUUAGGCUUAGGCUUCUUAGGCUUAGGCUUCUUAGGCUUAGGCUUCUUAGGCUUAGGCUACGGUAAAAAUUCGAAAAAAAAAACAUUUUGAAAAAAAAAACAACGACACUCCGCUUUUGCCUGUAGUUUAGCGAAAUGCGCUGUUUGCAUCAUUUUCUCCCAUUUUUGCAUUUUUGCUCAUUUUUCUAUGAAAAUUUGAAUUUUUCAAGUUUCCCGCGCGCGCCAAAAAUCAUUCUAGCAAUAGAGCGCGCUUGCUAUUUAUUCAAAAAUGUUUGAAAAACACACACAAUUCUCGACAGAGCGCAUUUGCUCAUUUUUCAGCGCGAAAUUUGACAAAUUCAAAUUUUCGAAAAAAAACAACGACACUCCGCUUGCUCGUAGUUUAGCGAAAUGCGCGUUUUGCAUCAUUUUCCCCCAUUUUUUUCUUUACAGAUACGAUAUUCGACGUGCCGGCUACAUUAUAGUCACACACCGUGAAGAGGAUGCUGAUAUUCUGAAUCCGCUGGUUAUGCAUGCGGCGAUGCAAUUGUGGAGCAUCGUACAGGUGGGGAUUUUUUGGCGGGAAAUUUGAAAAUUUGAAUAAUUUUUGCAGUCACUGACUGUUGAAGACGAAGAGGAUCGAAGGAUCAAUUAUCCGUCGAUUUGCGUCAAAUUUCCCAUACCGCCCGAGUUCAGCAAAGCUCUACACUCACUUUUCGCGCCAAAUAUGACGACGUAAGUGAUUUUGGGGCGGAAAAUCGUGAAAAUCGAUAAUUUUGACCCCGGGAACUUGAAAAAUUCAAAUUUUUUGAGCAAAAAUGAGCAAAUACGCUCUACUGAACUUUUUGUGUUUUUUCAAGAAAUUUUGAAGAUUAUUGCUCCAAAAUUGACCCUGGGAACUUGGAAAAUUCAAAUUUUUUGAGCAAAAAUGAGCAAAUACGCUCUAUUGAGAAUUUUCUCCACAAAAAACAGAACAACAUCAUGUUAUUUUGCUACAUUUCCCCACAAUUUUAAUCCGUUUCGCAAAUAUCGUGUAGUUCUCUCGGAGAAGAAAAGGUUAAGCCGAAACCAUGUUUGGUUCGUGUAUUGCAACAAUGAAAUAUCUAAAAUCGGUGUAUUUUUGGAAGCGGCUGGUUUUUUGGCGCGAAAAUUUGAAUUUUUCAAGUUCCCGGGGUCAAUUUUGGAGGAAAAAUCGAAAUUCCAAAAUUUCUUGAAAAACACAAAAUGUUCAAUAGAGCGCAUUUGCUCAUUUUUGCCCUAAAAUUUGAAUUUUUCAAGUUCCCGGGGUAAAUUUUAGCGGGGAAUUUGAAUUUUCCCGCCAAAAAUGCAAUUUUGACACCAAAAACCAAUCCGAAACUCAAAUAUUUUGGGUGUACGCACACCCAAAACCACAUUUUCAUAAGUAGGUAGACCAACAAAACUAUGCAAAAAUAUUUGCAUAUCAGAUUUUCUCUCUUCACACUUUUGAGCAUUCACGUGGAAAAUGCGCCAUUUUUCCUCGCUUCAUAUAUCAAACAUCUUGCAUAGAAGAAAAACAGGCGCGCAUAGCCGAGUGGUUAACACGUACGCCUUUGAAUCUCUAGGUCACGGGUUCGAUCCCACCUCAGGGCAAACUUUUUUUAAAAUUAAAUUUCGCCACUACAAAUCGUGUAGUUCUCGAGGACUACAAAUCACACACACACACGUGUAAAUAGAGGAAAUCUGUUGUUUUGAUCUCUUUUUAUCAUCAGCAUAUCUCAAGUGGUUGUUUUGACAACAAUCAAUUGAUGGUGAUUUUUAAAGUGCCGUGUGCAUAAUCAUAAUCAUCAACGAAACAAGUGGAUGAUCAGAAAUUGAAGGUCUGAAAUUUUGUGCUGAAAAUCAAAUUUGCUCUUUCUUUUGUGCUCUCGAUGAAUUAAUUGAGAUCGGAUGAAUUGAACAAACAAACAAACAAUCAAAUCUCGACCCCCCUAUCAUUUAUAUUUUUGGAUUAUCAUUACGAAAUUAAACAAACAGAAAAGUGUGAGCCAUGUGUCAGAAAAUGAAGAUUUUCUAGAAGAAGAAGAGCAAAAAAAGGGGGGAUCUUCUGAAUAUUCUCAAUAGAGCGCAUUUGCUCAAUUUUGUUCGAAAAUUUGAAUUUUUCAAGUUUCCCGGGUCAAUUUGCAUUUUUUUUUUUGCACAAGCAAAUCCACGUGGCCGCUGAAGCGGAAGAUAGUGCCGCUGACGCGGAAGCUUGCGGUUUACACUCGCUCCGCUCGAUCCGAGCGCUGUGCGCGAGUGUAGACCGCAAGAUUCCGCUUCAGCGGCCACGUGGAUAACUGGAAGUCUAGACUUGACUCAAAUCUGGAUUAUAGGCCUAAAAAAUCCCAGAUUUUUAGCCCCUAGGCUUAUUUCGACUCAAAAAACGUCCCAAAAACUGGAAUUUCCUGCGCGAAAUUUGAAUUUUUCAAGUUUCUCGGGUCAAUUUGUAUUAGAGCGCUUUUGCCAACUUCUCAUUUUGUUAGAAUUCAAUUUCAAAUUGGGUUUUUUUGGCGCCGCAAAAUUCAAGCCUAGAGCCUGAAGCCUAAAUAAAGGCCAAAAGGGGAGUAUUUUGAGUCUAAAUAAGCCUAGAGCCUGAAAAUCUGGAUUUUUUAGGCCUAAAUAAGCCCAGAAUCCAGAUUUGAAUCAAGUCUAGACUUCCAGUUAUCCGCGUGGCCGCUUCGCGGAAGAUAGUGCCGCUGACGCGGAAGCUUGCGGUCUACACUCGCUCCGCUCGAAAAAUCCCCCGUUUUUUUGCAGGCCCGAAGAAAUCUGUGUCUCGAACCCGCUCGUCGAAAUCUUCAAACUUCUUCUGGUCUCCGAUCGAAGUUUUCUGAAUCGAUCCAUCGACGAAAUGACACUUUCACAAUUCUCCGACGCAAUUCAAUUCGAUUCCGGCGGAAUGACACAUUUGUUGGGCGGAAUCACGUUGGAUGAUGAUAAGCGGAUUGCGGGUACGGUAGGGCGCGCGCGGGAAAUUUGAAUUUUUGAAAUUUUUCAAAAGAAAAAUCGCUUUUUUUUCAAUGAAACCUUUCUUGGCUGAAAUUUUGUGCUGAAAAUCAUAGAUUCACUGAAAAUCGCUGAAAAUCAAGGUUUUCAUGAUUUUCAGCGCAAAAUUUCAGCCAAGAAACUUGGUUCCACAAAAUUUGGAACUUUUUUCAAAGUUCCUGGCUGAAAUUUUGCGCUGAAAAUCAUGCUCAAAAAAUUUCCAGGCGCCAAAGCCAUGCUUCUCCCCUACGCCCUACGACACUCCAGCGAUAACGAGGAUUCGGUCGCGGAAAAAUGGGAAGUCCGCCUCGCGGACUUCCUCCUCCAGUACGAUUCGCCAAUUAUCCGCGCAAGUUGGUGGACCUAUGAGACUCUGGCGGCCGAAAGCGCGCGCGAUCGCCUCCAACUCAUAAAGUGAGUUUCCGCAAGCUUCCGCAAGCUUCCGCGUACGCGGAAGCCUUAUCUGUUUCAUUUUUCAGCAUGCUUCUUCCCUGCUUCAUCUGCGUCUCGAUCUACACCGUCAUUUGCUGCUGUGUUUUCUCGUGGAGAAGAUCGCGGCCUUGGUGAGUUUCCUUUCCGCAACCUUCCGCAACCUUCCGCGUCUAUUUUGCAGGCUUGCGAUCGGCGGAGUGUUUUCCGCAGCUAUGGCAAUUGCGUCAGCUGUUGGGAUACUGUUGAUGAUGGGUUACGGUAUGACGAGUGUCGCCUACUCGAUGCCGUUUAUUGUGUUUUGUGAGUUUUCCGCAAGCUUCCGCAAGCUUCCGCGAACGCGGAAAGCUUCUCUGCGUCUCUCACAAUCCCCUGGUUGUCUAGCUAGACAGCAUGGGGAGAGUUAGAGACGCAGAGAAUGCCUUCUCUGCGUCUCUCAAAAUCCCGUUCUCUCUAGUUGUCUAGCUAGAGUUAGAGACGCAGAGAAAGCAGACAGGACUUCUCUGCGUCUCUCAUCUUCCCAUGAUCUCUAAAUAGCUGGCUAGAGAGCAUGGGGAGAGUUAGAGACGCAGAGAAGCCUUGGCAGAGUCUGGGUCUCUCACAAUCCCCUUACUCUCUGGUUGUCUAGCUAGAGAGCAUGGGUAGGGUUAGAGACGCAGAGAAGUCUUCCUGCAGGCUUCUCUGCGUCUCUCAAAAUCCCGUGCUCUCUGGUUGUCUAGCUAGGGGAGAGUUAGAGACGCAGAGAAAACAGACAUGGCUUCUCUGCGUCUCUCAAAAUCCCCGUGAUAUCUGGUUGUCUAGCUUGUUCACGACCAUACAAGGCGCCCGUCAAGUCAGACGCGAGACGACGAGAGUAUUUUGCAAAAAUAUCCCGAAAAUGAAUUUCGCUUCGAGAUAUUUUCCAUAAAACAUGUGUUCCUUGAAACAAAAUACGGUAUUUUUUUCAAAGGCACACAUAUUUUUACUCAAAAAUAUCUGAUGACGUCAGACCCCCGUCGUCUCUCGUCUGACCCGAGGGGCAUUGGAGUAAAUGGCCGUGGGUUAGAGAUCACAAGACAUUGUGAGAGACGCAGAGAAGCCUGACUUUUGAUCAUUUAAAAAUAGCGAAUUCUGAACAUUUUUGGUUCAAAAUGUGUGUUUGACCAACAGAAAAGUUUCCGGUUUUUGAGGAAUAAUUCUUUACACAUAAUAAUAAAAUGUAGAAGAACAAGAAUAAUAACAUACACAAUAAAUCAAAUAAAUCAAAUAAAUAAAUUGCAGCGGUCGGUGUUGACAAUGUGUUUAUAUUGUUGUCGGCGUGGCGAUCGACGCCAUCAACGGCGAGUUUCGAGCAUCGAAUGGAGGAGACUUUUGCCGGUGAGAAACGGGGAAAAUUAAAAAAAAAAAAAAUUAAAAAAAGUUUGCCUCGAAGCGGCAUCGAACCCGUGACAUUGUGAUCAAAAGACGCGCGUGCUAACCACUCGGCUAUGCGCUGCAUGUUUUUCUCGCAUGCAAAUGUUUGAUAUAUGAAAUGACACACUCUCUAAUUGCAGACGCGGCCGUCUCAAUCACCGUCACCUCGCUGACUGAUCUCAUUUCGUUUGGAGUCGGAUGUGCAACACCGUUUCCAAGUGUGCAGGUGAGAACGAGCGAAGCGACCGCAAGCUUCCGCGUCAGCGGCACUAUCUUCCGCUUUAGCGGCCAUGCGGAUAGCUAUGACGUGGCAUGGGAUCAUAGAAAUCCACGUGGCCGCUGACGCGGAAGACAGUGCCGCUGACGCGGAAGCUUGCGGUCUACACUCGCGCAGAGCGCUCGGGUCGAGCGGAGCGAGUGUAAACCGCAAGCUUCCGCGUUAGCGGCACUGUCUUCCGCGAUGCGGCCACGUGGAUAACUGGGAGUCUAGAUUUGACUUUAAUAGGCUUAUCUAGGCUCAAAAAAUCCAAGAUUUUCAGGCCCUAGGCUUAUUUAGGCUCAAAAAACUCCAUUUUUUAUCUUAGUUCCGAUCUUAGCCUUAUUUAGAUUCAACAGAUUCCUAAUUUUUUGAAAAUUCAAGCCUACUUCGGACACAAAUUUAAUUCUAGGUUAAAAGUACCCGGAUUAGCAAAUUUUUACAGAAAUCUAGAUUCUAGGCUUGUUUGGACUCAAAAAAUCCAAAAUUUUACAGAAAAUUAAAAAAAUAGUGCUAUUUUUGGCCUAAAUCUGAGGCUUAGGCUCGAAAAUCCAUAUUUUCAGGCUCUAGGCUUAUUUAGACUCAAAAAAUCUCAAAUUUUCGAGCGGAGCGAGUGUAGACGGCAAGCUUCCGCGUCAGCGGCACUAUCUUCCGCUUCAGCUGCCACGCGGAUUACUAUGAUAUGGCAUUGGAUCAUAGAAAUCCGCGUGGCCGCUGAAGCGGAAGAUAGUGCCGCUGACGCGGAAGCUCGCGGUCUAUACUCGCUUCGCUCGAACAACCAAUUUUCCUUACAGAUGUUCUGCGCCUACGCAGUCGCCGCCGUAAUCUUCACCUACAUCUACCAACUCACCUUUUUCGCCGCCGUCAUGGUCUUCACAAAUCGCCGUGAAGUCGCCAAUCGACACUGUCUAUUCUUCACCAAAUUGUCGCGGUCUGACGCGCGGAAAAUCGAGAGCGGAAGCGGAAAACUCGGCGCCGCCGGCGAUCGGAGCUUCGAAAAAAACAGUGUGCUCGCCAGAUUCUUCCGCACAACUUAUAGUGAUUUGCUGUUGAAUCCGAUGGUGCGAGUGGUGAUUUUGACGCUGUUUGUUGGAUAUUUGGUGAGUUGCGGAAGGUUCCGGAAGCUUCCGCGUAAGCGGAACAGUCUUCCGCAUCAAUUUCAAUAUAAAAAUCACGUGGCCGAAGUCAUGAUCAUCCUCGGCCACGUGGUUUAUGAGCGCGGAAAUUUGGAUUUUUGAAUUUUGCAAGAAAAUUUGAAUUUUCAAAUUUUCCCGCUACAAAAACUACGUGGCCGAACUCUAGGAAAUCCUCGGCCACGUGGUUUAUGAGCGCGGAAAUUUGAAUUUUUGAAUAAUUAUUUUGAAAAAAAUUUCAAAAUUUAAAUUUUCCCGCUAGAAAAACCACGUGGCCGAAUUUUUGAGAAUCCUCGGCCACGUGGUUUAUGAGCGCGAAAAUUUUAAUUUUUGAAUUUUGCAAGAAAAUUUGAAUUUUCAAAUUUUCCCGCUACAAAAACCACGUGGCCGAAUUUUGAGAAUCCUCGGCCACGUGGUUUAUGAGCGCGAAAAUUUGGAUUUUUGAAUUUUCCCGCUACAAAAACCACGUGGCCGAACUUUUGACAAUCCUCGGCCACGUGGUUUAUGAGCGCGAAAAUUUGGAUUUUUGAAUUUUCAAAUUUUCCCGCUACAAAAACCACGUGGCCGAACUCUAGGAAAUCUUCGGCCACGUGGUUUAUGAGCGCGGAAAUUUGAAUUUUUGAAUUUUGCUAGAAAAUUUGAAUUUUCAAAUUUUCCCGCUACAAAAACCACGUGGCCGAACUUUUGAGAAUCCUCGGCCACGUGGUUUAUGAGAGCGCGAAAAUUUGGAUUUUUAAAUUUUGCAAGAAAAUUUGAAUAUUCAAAUUUUCCCGCCACAAAAACCACGUGGCCGAACUUGAAGAAAUCCUCGGCCACGUGGUUUAUGAGCGCGGAAAUUUGGAUUUUUGAGUUUUCAAAUUUUCCCGCUAGUAAAACCACGUGGCCGAACUUUUGAGAAUCCUCGGCCAUGUGGUUUAUGAGCGCGAAAAUUUGGAUUUUUGAAUUUUGCAAGAAAAUUUGAAUUUUCAAAUUUUCCCGCUACAAACACCACGUGGCCGAACUCUACUAUAUCCUCGGCCACGUGGUUUGAGAGCGCGAAAAUUUGAAUUUUUGAAAAAAAAAAGGUUCCAGGCAAUAGCAUCGUACGGUUGCACAAAAGUCAAAUUGGGUCUCGAACCGAACGACCUGCUGCCGGAUAAUUCAUACGGUAAACGCACCCUUCAAAUGGCCGAGAAAUAUUUCUCGGAUUACGGUAGUUCACUGCACGUUUGGAUGUAUAAUUUGUCGGAAAAUGACGUGGCACCCAGAAGGAUUUGGAACGUUUUGGAGAAGGAAAUUGAGUUGUAUGAGCAUACGGAGUUUACGGGCGGUAGUGAUUCUUGGUGAGCACGUGGAAUUUGGAGCAUUUUGAGACCGAAUAUGAGCAUGUUUGGGCUCAAAAUGCUCCAAAUUUCGAGGAUUUUCAGAAUCCACGUGGAAUUUGGAGCAUUUUGAGACCGAAUAUGAGCAUGUUUGGGCUCAAAAUGCUCCAAAUUUCGAGGAUUUUCAGAAUCCACGUGGAAUUUGGAGCAUUUUGAGCCCAAACAUGAUAUAUUUCCAGGCUUCGCACAUUUCUGGCGUUCGUCAAACAGGCUGGACUUUUGAUAACUCCCGAGAAUUUUGUCUACAUUUUGAGAAAUGUGUUUCUCAGUCAACCGCAGUUUACCAAGUAUAAUAGGUGGGGGAUUUUUUUUGAAUUCGAAAAAUUUGGCGCCGAAAAUCGAGGUGGACUAGUUUUUGAGAAUUCUAGGCCACGUGGUUUUUUGGCGGGAAAUUUGAAUUUUUGAAUAAUUAUUUUUGAAAAAAAAUCAAAUUUUCAAGUUUUCCCGCGCCACGUGGCCGAACUCUAGAAAAUCCUAGGCCAUGUGGUUUUUAGGCGGGAAAUUCGAAUUUUUGAAUUUUUCAAAAAAAUUCAAAUUUUCAAAUUUUCCCGCCAGAAAAACCAUGUGGCCUAGGAUUUUGCAAAAGUUCGGCCAUGUGGAUUCUGGAGCGAAAAUUUGGAUUUUUGAAUAAUUAUUUUGAAAAAAUUCAAAUUUUCCCGCGCUUAAAAACUACGUGGCCGAACUCUAGAAAAUCCUCGGCCACGUGGUUUAAUAGCAGCAAGAAUUUAACAUGAGCAAUGAUUGAAUUUUUCAGAAAAAUUUGAAUUUUCAAAUUUUCCCGCCAGAAAAACCAUGUGGCCUAGGAUUUUGCAAAAGUUCGGCCAUGUGGUUGAAUAGCAGCGAAAAUUUGGAUUUUUGAAUAAUUAUUUUGAAAAAAUUCAAAUUUUCAAAUUUUCCCGCUGGAAAAACCACGUGGCCGAGCUCUAGGAAAUCCUAGGCCACAUUUUGUUUAACAUGAGCAACACAUUUUUCCAGAGAUGUGGUAUUCACUGCGGACGGCGAAGCGUUGGACGCGUCGCGUAUCCCGGUUCAAUUGCGUCACGUCGGCUCGGCGAAUCAAUCGAGAGCCAUGCGGUUGUUCCGCAGGCUUGCCGAGACUAGCGAAUUGCAGACCGGCGUGUAUGCCGACUUUUUUCAGGUUGGUUCGAGCGGCUGAGCCGCGAGUGUAGACUGGAAGCUUCCGCGUUAGCGGCACUAUCUUCCGCGAAGCGGCCACGUGGAUUGCUAUGACGUUUUCCAUAUCAUAGUAAUCCGCGUGGCCGCUUACGCGGAAGACAGUGCCGCUGACGCGGAAUCUUGCGGUCUAGACUCGCUCCGCUCGAAACAUUGCUCAGGUUAACAUCGAGCGGAGCGAGUCUAGACCGGAAGCUUCCGCGUUAGCGGCACUAUCUUCCGCGAAGCGGCCGCGCGGAUUGCUAUGACGUUUUCCAUAUCAUAGCAAUCCGCGUGGCCGCUACGCGGAAGACAGUGCCGCUGACGCGGAAUCUGCGGUCUAGACUCGCUCCGCUCGAAACAUUGCUCAGGUUAACAUCGAGCGGAGCGAGUCUAGACCGGAAGCUUCCGCGUUAGCGGCACUAUCUUCCGCGAAGCGGCCGCGCGGAUUGCUAUGACGUUUUCCAUAUCAUAGCAAUCCGCGUGGCCGCUACGCGGAAGAUUCCGGUCUACACUCGCUGCGCUCGAAGCAUUGCUCAGGUUAACAUCGAGCGGAGCGAGCGUAGACCGCUAGCUUCCGCGAAGCGGCCACGUGGAUUACUAUGAUAUGGUAAACGUCAUCCACGUGGCCGCUAAAGCGGAAGAUAGUGCCGCUGACGCGGAAGCUUGCGGUCUACACUCGCUCCGCUCGAUGUUAACCUGAGCAAUGGUACCGCAAGCUUCCGCGUCAGCGGCACUAUCUUCCGCGAACGCGGACACGUGGAUUUCUAUGAUCCCUUGCCACGUCAUAGCAAUCCGCGUGGCCGCUACGCGGAAGAUUCCGUUCUACACUCGCUCCGCUCGAAGCAUUGCUCAUAUUAGGCUCGAGCGGAGCGAGUCUAGACCGCAAGCUUCCGCGUCAGCGGCCACGCGGAUUGCUAUGACGUUUUCCAUAUCAUAGCAAUCCACGUGGCCUCUAAACCGGAAGACAGUGCCGCUAACGCGGAAGCUUGCGGUACCAUUGCUCAGGUUAACAUCGAGCGGAGCGAGUGUAGACCGCAAGCUUCCGCGUGAGCGGCACUAGGCUUCCGCGUGAGCGGCACUCCGCGUGGAUUGCUAUGACGUGUCCCAAACCUUGUUCCUUGUUCCAGUUUGCCGAACAAUACAAUGCCGUCCUUCCGGGCACUCUCUCCUCAAUCGCCUAUGCUGGAAUUGCAGUCGUCGCCGUCUCCCUCAUCCUUAUUCCCGAACCCGUCGCCUCACUUUGGGUAUCAUUUUCCAUAGUCUCGAUAAAUGUCGGCAUUUUGGGAUUCAUGACUUUUUGGUCGGUGCGACUCGAUUUCAUAUCGAUGGUCACGAUUGUGAUGUCGAUUGGGUUUUGUGUUGAUUUUGCAGCGCAUUUGGCAUAUAAUUUUGCAAAGGUUGGUGAAAAUGCGCCCCAUUGAUAAUUUUCGCGUUAGAGCGCAUUUGCUGCAUUGAGUGUAGACCGCAAGCUUCCGCUUAAGCGGUCACGUGGAUUACUAUGACGUUUACCAUAUCAUAGAAAUCCACGUGGCCGCUAAAGCGGAAAACAGUGCCGCUAACGCGGAAGCUUGCGGUCUACACUCGCGCACAGCGCUCGGGUCGAGCGGAGCGAGUGUAGACCGCAAGCUUCCGCGUUAGCGGCACUAUCUUCCGCUUCAGCGGCCACGUGGAUUUCUAUGAGCCCUUGCCACGUCAUAGGAAUCCACGUGGCCGCUGAAGCGGAAGACAGUGCCGCUGACGCGGAAGCUUGCGGUUCACACUCGCUCCGCUCGACCCGAGCGGCUGAGCCGCGAGUGUAGACCGCAAGCUUCCGCGUCAGCGGCACUAUCUUCCGCUUUAGCGGCCACGUGGAUUGACCGCUUCGCGGAAGCUUGCGGUUUACACUCGCUUCGCUCGAGCCCUCUGCGCUCUCUCAAAUUCCCGUUGUCUCUAAUCAGUGCAGCAAAUGCGCUCUAACACAAAUGUACAUUCCAGGGUGACAACAUCGAAGCGUCGGAACGUAUGCGAAAUGCGCUCUACGCAGUCGGCGCACCAAUUCUCAUGUCAGCUUCGUCGACAAUUUUGGGAGUCUCAUUUAUGGCAUCAGCUGAAAGUUAUGUUUUCAGAAGUUUUCUGAAAACUAUCAUUUUGGUGAUUUUGUUGGGUGAGUAGGGAGGGUUAAUAUGAGCAAUGCCUAGCAAAAAUUUGAAUUCUCAAAUUUUCCCGUUAAGGUGGCCGAACUUUGGAAAAUCCUAGGCCAUACGGUUUUAGGCUCAUUUUGUAGAGAAUUUCAAGAGCUACAAAAUGAGCCUAAAUAGGAAUUCCAGAAAUUUCAGAUUUGGCUGAAAAUUUGAAAUUUCUGAAAAUCAAGUCAGGGCUCAUUUUGUAGAGAAUUUCAAGGUCUUCAAAAUGAGCUCAAAUUUGAUUUCCAGAAAUUUCAGAUUUCGGCUGAAAAUCUGAAAUUUCUGGAAAUAAAUUUUAGAUUCAUUUUGUAGCUCUUGAAAUUCUCUACAAAAUGAGCCCUAACCUAACUUUCAGACGCGAUUUUCAGCCAAAAUCUGAAAUUUCUGGAAUUCCUAUUCGAGCUCAUUUUGAAGCUCUUGAAAUUCUCUUCAAAAUGAGCUCAAAUUUGAUUUUCAGAAAAAUGUGGAUUUUGCUGAAAAUCUGAAAUUUCUGAAAAUCAAGUUAGGGCUCAUUUUGUAGAGAAUUUCAAGAGCUACAAAAUGAAUCUAAAAUUAGUUUUUAAAAAUUUCAUAUUUCGGUUGAAAAUCUGAAAUUUUCCCCAACCAUAUUUAGGCUCAUUUUGAAGCUCUUGAAAUUCUCUACAAAAUGAGCUCAAAUUUGAUUUUCAGAAAUUUCAGAUUUUGGCUGAAAAUCUGAAAUUUCUGAAAAUGCUCAUUUUGUAGCUCUUGAAAUUCUCUACAAAAUGAGCCCUAACUUGAUUUUCAGAAAAUUCCACAUUUUCAGCCAAAAUCUGAAAUUUUCCCCAACCAUGUUUAGGCUCAUUUUGAAGCCCAAAUUUCUGAGCUAAAUAAUCUUUCACCCAGGCGCUCUCCACGGUCUCGUAAUCCUCCCAGUCCUUCUCACAAUGUUCUACUGUGGCGGUGAAUCAAAAGCAACCAAGGAUCAUCUCGAAAAAGUCGAGCAAAAACUACAAGCCCAAUAUGCGAAUCCAGCCGCCCGAACAGCUUCGAUUCAAUUCCUCAACAAUCCCGAUCUCUAUUCAACAUCUACCGAAUAUUCCUUAUCAACUAUGGAGUUCAAUAAGAAGAUCGCAUCUUCACAACCUCCAGAAUACGAGGAAACAAUUCAGAAUUCUCUCACAACUUUCGGUGGUCCCGCAAUUGCUGCAAACACUUCUGCAAUCAUGAUUCCGAUGCGGGCAAAACUCAAAUAUCCAACAACAAUGCGACGAGAUCAACCGCCCGAAAUUUAUUAUCCUAGUUGA